AUGGAUGAAGGAAUCCCAGAGCAACGGUCCCUGCAGAAGUCUGAUAAGGGAGGGGAGUGGACAAUGUGUCUGGUGAUGGCAUCUUGCUGGAGGACUCCAUCUCCCAGAGGGCAGCGCGCUGGCGCGCAUGCGUUAACUUGCUACCCCCCUCCCCCCUCCUCCUCCAAAGCAGCCGACAUUCUCGGUGCGGGUAGGCGGCAGGUACGGAGAGGUCGAAACGAAAGCCCAAAGCGGUUGCACUUUGGAGAUCCGCUGCGACUCACGAACGAUUUAAACGUGGAGUGCUGCGGAGGCUUUGCCAAUUUGGAUUACGGCAAGAUCGACAUUUCAAUGAUGGCUGAAAUUUUCAACUACUUCGAUUGGACAGACUUGAAGUUCAAUAUAGCUAUCUUGGCUGUUGCUUUCAACCCAUUAUUCUGGAAUAUUGUCGGGCGAUGGGAACACAGAACAAGAUUUCUCACUAAGUUGUUUGGUUCUCCUUUCACUGCAUGUUACUGUGUAGCAGUCAUAAUUCUCCUGCUGAACGUCUACAGGAGUUACAGUUUUACUGAAGCAAUGAAGAUUCAACCCAAGAUUCAAGUCCUUGACAGUGCUGCAGCAUAUUAUAUAGGCCUUGGCCUGUUGCUAAUUGGUACUAUCCUUGUCCUGAGCAGUUUCUUUGCACUGGGAUUCAUCGGUACAUUUUUAGGAGACUAUUUUGGAGUUUUGAUGGAGGCCAAGAUAUUGUCUUUUCCUUUUAAUCUCAUGGAGAACCCUAUGUAUUGGGGGAGCACAUUAGUCUACUUGGGCUGGGCUGUCAUGAAUGCUAGUCCGACAGGACUGGUCCUCACUGCUUGGGUAGCAGCUGUGUACAAGGUUGCGAUUCUGGUUGAAAGCCCAUUCACAGAUGAAGUAUAUCGUCAAAAGGAAAAGGUUAUGAAAGAGAACUAAAUGGAUGGGACAUCUUGACAAGAUCUAAUUGGAUUCACUUGGAUCCCUCACUUUAUUCAGUUUGGAGCUACACUGAUUUAUGGAAGGUUUUCUAAUGUUUAAUAACUUUUAUUUAGUUAUACUCUACUAAUGAAGGUCCAAUCAAAUAUAGUUAAUUAAAGUUCUGUUGCCAACAUUGAAGGGUGAUACUCAGCAAUUUUUUUAAUGAUAACAAAAAUGCUAAAAUAUUUCAUUCAAUUCAAAGUAAUGAUGAUCUUAUUCGUAUUGCCAAUGGAUUAGUGUCGAAUUGUUUGGUAUUACCUCAUUGUAAAAGUACAUAUAAAUGGCACUGCCCACUAUCAAUCUGCCAAGACCUGGAUAGGUUGUUAAACAUAAAAAUACCAAAUUACGUCAUUCCAUUCAUUAAACUAAUACUGUCAAAGUAGAUCAUCCAAUCUUGCUAUGUCAGUGAUAAAUUUGCACAAGCAUUUCUUGCUGCUAUGCUAAUGAUCUUGUUAAUUCCUUUGAGUGUAGUGUUACCUUCACACUUGAUAACAUAAUGGUAAUACAGUAAGAAUGAUUUUUAACAGUAUGUUUCUCUUUGACAGCUGACAAGAUUAGAAUCAUUCAUAGAAAUUGGAUUUGUCAUUUCUAUUAAUCUGCCCAACAGACUUGCAGCAGAACAGUGCAAAUUGUUACAAAUCCUUGCCGAGCACUGUAUAAAAGACUAGAUGACCUACUGAAUACUGUUAUUUUUAUAUUAGAACACAGUACCAAUCAAAAAUAUUGCGCAGUUAGUGUUUCCAAUCAUUUUAUUUUGUGAACUCUUGCCUGUUAUUGACUAUUGUGCAAACCUGCUGGAUCCAGAAAUGUUACAGUUUUGCAAAGAUGUACUUUGACAGAGCGUAAUUUGAACAAUAAUAUCUCAAAUGUGGAUUAAAAUGUAUUCUAUAUUAAUGGAUAAGGAAAAUAUGUAUUUUUAAAUACAAUAGAAUCUGUUCCCUGUG